UUAAAUUUAUUAAAGUUAUUAAAUUAACUAAUUUUAGCUGCAUGUAUCAACGUUUUGGUGUACGGCUUGUCAUUCUUCAGCAUGCACCUGAAAUUGACUUACACAGUGUACUUUGGACACCAGUGACAACUCUGCUACAUUAAAAUUUCAAUUCACAGCGGUUUGCCAGCGUCUCCCUUAAUUCCGCAAUUAAAUUCGACCAGCAAAGCAAUCAACAAAUAUGCUGUCAAUCAACAAACCUUUUGAAUUGUACUACUAGAAAGCGCAUAUUUCUCAAGUAAAGUGUUUAGCUUCGAACGAGUCCACGGUAGUCCUUCCCGUUUGGUGCAGUGCUGUUGUUGUUUUUGUUGCAGUCGCCCUGUAUACGCCCUCGCGUAUCGUGUAAGUGGAUCAAACAAUGGACGUGGACUACGCAAACAUCAAUGGAACCAGCGACCGCGAACUGGCGACACGCAUGCGCAGCUGCAAUUACGAAAAGUACAAAUCUCUGGUGCGCAUGCACCUCUCCUUCGAGCUGGAGCUAAACACCGACGAGUUCGACUUGCCGUGCCACGAAAUCGUCUACGAAGACAAGGGUAAGCUGAAAAAGUGGAAUCGCUUGUCAAAGAAGAAUCGCGGUCCUGCCUCAGGUUGCACGGCUGCGGCAGGAAGUAAGUCGGCGGGCAACAGUCCCACGGAAACGCUGCAGCAGCAAAUCGAUGCAGGAUUCCUGAUGCAUCUGGGGGAGCUAAAAGAUUUUCUCAUGCUAAACAAGAAUCUCACCCAGGAGGGACUGUUCCGCAAGACAGGAGCCGUCUCUAGGCAGAACGAGCUGAGGAUGCACAUCCAACACGACCUGCCACUGGAUUUGGAGUUGACAGGAUUCUCGGCCCACGACUGUGCGACCGUUUUCAAGAGCUUCCUGGCCGAGUUGCCGGAGCCCUUGCUUACUGACGCCCUCUAUCCAGCACAUUUGCAGAUAGCGCCGCUAUGCCAGUCACUGAUCGGUGGUCAGAUGGCGGCUACCGCAGAGCGUCAGCAGCAUAUCCUCAACUCGGUGCAGCUGCUCCUUCUCCUGCUGCCCGAAGAGCAUCGCGAGCUGCUGCAUCACAUUAUUGAAAUGCUCCAUGCGGUGGCCGAACGCGAGGCGAUCAACAAGAUGUCCGCAGAGAAUCUGGCUACCUUGUUUACGCCGCACCUCAUCUGCCCCAGGCAACUGCCGCCUGAAGUGCUCCACUACACCGCGAAAAAUAUGUCCAGCAUUGUGUCUUACAUGAUUCGGCAGGGCCUGGAGAUCUUCGAGGUGCCCGGCAAGCUGGCCACCGACAUUCGGGUGUACUUUCUUGAGCGCAAACGCAAGAAAACCAUGUCACCGGAGCAAACGCUCGACGAAUCCAUCUCGGACGUCUCGACGGUCAACACGAUGUACACUUCUGUAGAUCGUGCCGCCACUGCAGCGGCCAACAACAGCAACAACACGGACACUGAGCUGGCGCAGCUGUACGCUCACAUUCAGAGCCUGCCGGAGUCCUCCAAGAAGCGUCGACUCAUCAAGCAGUUCAACAAGCAAAACGGACAAGGCACUCCGCUGCAGGUCGUCGUAAUGAAUCGUCUGAAGAACAACGAGGCCACUCGCAGUGCCAAGUCUUUGGGGGACUCGAUCAAAAAGCACAUCUUCCACAAGAGUCUCAUGUCGCGUACACCCAAGAGAGCUCCGCCCAGCUUUAACACGGAGGUGAGGACGCCUAAUCUGUCGCAUGUGAAGCAGCCGAAACUGCGUGUGCUGUUCCAGAGUCCCACACCACCGACACCCACCUCAUCGAAGGGUGCAAGCGCGACCGCCGCCACCUCCAUUGCUACUAACCCCUUGCAUCAGCUUCAGAAAUCCAUCUCAUCCACAUCGCUCAAAAUCGAGACCUCGUCCUCGGACAGCAGCUCCAGCUGCAGCAUCUCGGCUUCCGGCACUCGCCAGCAAUCGAAUCAGCUGCCUGGAGGCGUGUCUGCUGUCCAGGAGGAGGAGGAGCAGGACGAGAUCGAUGUCAGUUGCUGUGGGACGCCUCUGAAGAUGAUGUCAGCGGCGGCCAAGCAGCUGAUCGACAAGAAGAGCGUGGCCUUCGACGAGUAUCAUCUGUACGAGAUUGAAGAGUACUCGAAUCCCUGCACACCCGUGCAGCAAUCCACGCGCUACAAAUCGGAGCCUAAUCUAUCAAGUAUCCUGCCCCAGGUACCAGGAGAAGAGCUCAGCCAUGGCGACGGAGCACUCACUCCCAUUGUGGAGGUGUCCAGCUCAAUGGCCGCCAGCUGCAGCAGCCACCACAUGGGCAAGCUGAUAACCCGCAAAUUGAUGAAGGGCGUGAGCAUGGGCAAUCUUAGAUUCCCGUUCAGCACGCCGGAAACGACCAAACGACUGGUGCGCAGUGUAUCGGCCACCCUGAGGCGGCGUCCCAGUGGCGAUGAGGGCAAGCAUUGCCCGUCGGCAGCAGAUGCUCCACUUCUUGAGGAUGUUGAUGGUAGCGAUGAUGACGAUGAUGAUGGGAAUGGGGAAGAUGACGAUGACGAUACACUGUCAGAGUCCAAUGGCAGCUCCAAUGAGUUGCCUGCCAUGACCGUGGGCUACCAGCAGAUCCUGCAGAGCAGCGUUUAUCGCAACAUGGAUCUAAUAACGAGCACACCAGCUCUCCACAUGGGACGCCGUUCAAUGUCGCCCAUCACCAAAUCGACGCAGCGCAUGCCCAAGUCCAUGCAGGAAUCUAUUAUGACGCCACGCUCCCGCAAGCCCGUAAUGCUGCUCAACGCCUUGGGCGGCAACGGCGACAAGCAGCUUAACCUGAGCUUAUCCGAGCAGGAUGAACAUGACUCGUUGGCCGGGACGCCCGUAAAGCAGCGCGAGCCACCCUCUCUUCAUAGCGAGGACGCCACAUCUCUUGGCGGCUAUGCGGAGAUAUUGAGACAUCAGCAGGGCCAUGGCCUGCUCAGAUCUAGACAGCGCACGUGCAGCAGCAGCAACAGCAACGAGGAGUCCAAGCCUCCGAACGCUCUGUCCAGUGAUUUCAAGGACUAUCUGCUUACACGCAGCGUGCUGACUGCCAGCCCGGCGGACUUGUCGUUCGCCAGUCGCUCGGAUGAUUUCGGUGGAGCCAGCACCACCCAAGAUAUUGAUGACUUUGAUGAGGCCGAGCUGAGUCCCAGUUUGCUGUACUGCUUGGAUGGCAAUGAACCCGCUGCAAUGGCCUCUCCCUUGGGCAAUGCUAGCGCCACAAAUGGGCGCAAACGAUCGGCCGGCACACCCCUAAAGUGUCAACUGAUUGCAGAUGAUGCGGAAAACAAGGAGAACAUGAAUGUUCUGGAGGAGCACGUGCGCACCAAAAAGCUGCUUAUUACUUCUCCCGAGGAGUAUCCAGGCGAAACAGCUUUGUAGCUUUAAAUAUUACAUGUUUAGCUUUUACAUAAUCUAACGUUAAAACCGUUGUACGGUUUUAAAAAAUCAUAUCUCAUCAAAAAUAUUGCUAAUCCGUGAAAUUAUUUGCGGUACGACACGUGUUCUCGCCUUAAGCUUAGAAUAUUAUAUAAGAAUUGCAUGCCACUCCGCAAAAACAAAAACCAUAAUAUACAAAAUAAAUACAUUCAUAUA